AGAAAAUACUAAAAUUAUAGGACUUAUGUUCAAAUAACGUGUGUUUUGCUCAUUACCGCCGGCUAUUCUGCCGUAAUUAGCUCCAUCUCAGUCUCUCUCUGACCUCUCUCUCUAAUGCUGGCGUCAUUCCGUCAUUUUAAACCCCGACCACAAGUGUAAGUAUCACCACGGUCUUGCUUAUGCAAACACGUAGCGUGUGGACGGUAGCUUGCGCAAACCAGCAAGUGCGGCUUGUGUGAACGUCGCUCUGCUGAAAGUUUUACUUGCGCAAACUUGUUUAUGCAGUUGAACUUUUACGUGUGGAUGGCGUGCAGGUAAAAGGGCAGACUUGCGUACUUGAUCUAAACAAUUUAGUUCGUUAAUUAGAUUGACAUGCGAAUGUAUAUUUCUUUUUAGAAGCCACUUUUUACUCCAGUUUUACCUAUAUUUCUUUUCUUCAUCUUCUUCAGAAAAAGACAGCAUAAAAAUGUAUUCAAAACAAACAAUUCAUCAUUUGGCAUCAUUGUUCCAAAAUAAUUGACCUGUACCGAUCUCUCAGAUUAUUUUAACUUCAAUGAGGUUUAUGCAAACUUGCUUGCAUCGUGUUGCCACCCUGUGGUGUUCCGUCCUUAUCGCGCAAACUAGACCGUACAAGUAAGUCGCUGUUGUGUGGCCGGGCCUUUAGACUCAUGCGAAUACUUGUGGCGAAUACUGCACGUACGGUACUGCACGGUGGCCAGUAGUGCAGUUGUGCAGUCCAGUAUGUUCUAUGUUGAUGUUGUGUCAGUGGUAUAAUCACGCAUCCUGAACGAGGUGCAGGUGAUUUAUUUGUUGUGCUUAUCAACUGUGUUAUCAACAAACUAUUUUGUACCGCCAGGUAAAAUCUAAAGUUCAAAGUUUUGUGGUUCAAAGUGCAAGUACAGAGUACUAUAAUAUUCGGUACAAGUACUCUAUAUUCAUUAUUUUUGGUAAAAUUAAGAUGCUGGCACAAUCAAUAAAAACAGCUGCAGCUGCAACUGCAUCUAGUACUAAUUUAUUUCUGAGGAUGUCUUCAGGUUCAGCAUACAAAACUCUGUCAAUAAGUGUGCCAAAGGAAUUUGUCUAUCAUGUGAAGUUGAACAGACCUGACAAGUACAAUGCAAUCAAUAAACCCAUGUGGUUUGAAAUAAAAAGAUGUUUUGAAGAACUGAGUGAUGAUGAAAACUGCCGCAGUAUAGUUUUAUCUGGAGAAGGAAAAGUAUUCACAGCAGGUAUUGACAUCUCAGCUCUGAUGGAAAUGGCUUCACUCAUAUCAGGAGAAAAUGAUGUUGCCAGAAAAGCAAAAAAUCUAUUAAAUGUCAUAAGGUCCUUCCAAGACUGCUUGUCAGCAUUGGAACUAUGCAAGAAACCAGUUUUAGCAGCUGUUCACUCUCUUUGUAUAGGUGCUGGAGUUGAUCUCAUAUCUGCUGCUGACAUUCGGUACUGCUCAAAAGAUGCUGUCUUUCAAGUAAAAGAGGUUGAUGUUGGUUUGGCCGCAGAUGUAGGAACAUUGCAGAGGCUACCUAAAAUCAUUCAUUCUGAGAGUUUAGCAAGGGAGUUGUGCUACACUGCUCGAAAAAUGCUUGCAGAUGAAGCACUCAGCUGUGGAUUGGUAUCCAGAGUAUUUGGGAGCAAAGAUGAAAUGAUUGAUGACGUGAUCAAAGUAGCAGAAACCAUAGCUAAGAAAAGCCCAGUAGCAGUUCAAGGCACCAAAAGGAGCAUGGUAUUCUCUAGAGAUCAUUCAGUUCAAGAAGGACUGGAACAUAUAGCUAUGUGGAAUCAAAUCAUGCUACAGAGUGAAGAUUUAGUAAAAGCAGCUUCCUCAGCAAUGAGCGAAGAUAAAGAUAUUGUAUUUUCUAAGCUGUGAUAACUCUUGACUUGCCUUUUAUUAUCCACUAUAUAGGGAGUGUUAUAUUAAAACUUUGUAAAAUUAAAUACCAGAGGCAGUAUAUGUUAGAUUUUCAUCUGCAAAACUGUAAUAGUAGCAUAACUAGCAAAUCUGUAUUUCAAAAGGGAGUAUUUGAAUUUAAUAAAUUGAAUGAUGAUAUUAGUGUUCGAAUUUAAAAAUGUUUAAGGUCAAAUUAAAAAAUCACUUUAUGAAUACUCAAAAUGCAUAGUGAUGCAAUUUUAAGACAAGAAUAUAGAUUAACGGAAAAUGGAUUGAAGAAAAUGUGUAAACGAAUAAUUUUACAAAAUUGACAUUGUAGCAUUAAUGCUAAAUAAAUCUUCAACAAACAAACAAAAUAGACAAAGUGGUAAAUAUGUGUUUUCAGAAAAGCUAAGACCAGUUUUUUUUAUUGUGUUGUUACAGUAUAUACAUAAAUACCUUUUCAUAUACAAGUAAAAAAUUUAAAAUUGUUAUAUAUUUUGUACAAAUUUAUUUUAUGAUACAUUAAAAGUCGCUGUUUUUUUAAAGUUACAUUUCAAUAUCAUCUGCAAUUUUCAAAAAAUCUGACAUUCUUCUGGGAGGAGGAGGUGGAGGAGGUUUCUCAGCCUCAAUUCUAUCAGCCAGUACGUAAGUGCUUUUUUCAGAUGGAGGUUCGUGCUAAGUAAGUAAAAUGAUUCUUUAGUGCAAAAACACCUAUAUUUAAAGUGGCCCAGCCUAUAAAUUUUCACUAGACAACUUACAACCUACAUCACAGCGACAGCACCGGAACUGGGAAAUGAAGGGUUCGAGCAUUGCAUAGCGCGCAUUCUUAAUAAGCAGAACAUCCAGGCACCACUAUCAAAACUAAUAAUACCGAUUUCGAAGCAGAUCACAUUAUCAUCUAUCGGAGGUACGAGACCUGUAAAUUAAGCGAUGAGACUGGCAACGGAGCCUUCGAUCUGGCAACCAUGAAGGCGCCGGGCUUGCAGGGGAGACAGGGGAACAUGUGAUACGCCUUCAGUUUGGACUCGUUCGAAUCAUUUGGUUGUCCGUAGCGAUUAUUUUUUGUAAAACAGUUUUUUUUCUAUUGUGUUCUAAAAAUGAGUUACAUCAAUUUCGAGCAACAGUGUGCUUCAGACUUGGGCACAGUGCAGCGGAAACUCUUUCUAAACUUCAGCAGGCCUACGGAGAUAGUGUUUUGUCAAGAGCACAGGUAUUUCGGUGUUUUAAGGCAUUUUUAGAAUGGAGAGAGUCGAUUGAA